AUGAGACGCAUCGCCAUCGGGAACAACGCGUCUGUCAAAGUGGAGGUGGAUCCUCGACACCCGAAGAUGCUCCCGGACUGCUGCCUCCUGGGGGCAGAGCACGUAGUGACUCCUCUGAGGAACAAACUCAACGCCAACAUGCACCUGUGGAGUCCAGACCUCAGCCUCCUCUCGAACCUCUGUGACGUCCUGGAGACUCAGUUUCCGUCUCCUUCCACCCACGACAAGUCUAGCCUGAGUGUGGAGUGUGGCAUCUGUUACUCGUUCCGUUUAGAAACUCGGAUCCCGGAUCAGGUCUGUAAUGACCCACGCUGCGGUCAGCCCUUCCACCAGGACUGUCUGUACCAGUGGCUGCGUGCGCUGCCCUCCACUCGUCAGAGCUUUAACGUUGUGUUUGGAGAGUGUCCGUACUGCAGUCAGCCGAUCACGGUGAAAAUGGCGCCGCAGCAGUGA